AUGCUCAGCCCCUUCACUGGGACAGCAGAGCCCUCAAGGCACAGGAAGAUGCAGAGGGUCACAGCAGUCAUCCUCGCCCUUGUGAUCUCCACUGCUGCUGCAGCACAAUGGGCCAAGAUCUGUUCGAGUGAAUCAGCAAACAAAGUCAGAGGCUGUGACUCCCAGGGCUGUGGUGGAUACAACUACCCCAGGGGAGGGAAGAAGCACAGGGGAGUGGACGUGGUGUGCGAGGACGGCACGGUGGUGCUCGCCCCCUUCACCGGCAGGCUGCUCCGGCAGGCCAAGCCCUACGGCAACGGCAACGCCAUCGACGACGGAGUCCAGCUCGCAGGAUCAGGCUUCUGCAUCAAGAUGUUCUACAUCAAACCUGUCAAGUACAGUGGCUCCAUCAAGAAGGGAGAGAAAAUCGGCAUCCUGCUGCCCCUGCAGAAGGUCUACAGAGGAAUCAUUUCCCAUGUCCACAUCCAGAACUGUGACCUGACAGAUCCUACUCCCUACCUGUAG